GGCAGAGCGGCGCGGGGCGGCCAAGAUGGCGGCGCGGGCGGAGGAGCUGUCGCUGCCGCAGCUGGAGCUGCUCAAGGGGCAGCUCGACCAGGAGCUGGAGUUCCUCUCGUCCUCCAUCGCGCAGCUCAAGGUGGUGCAGACCAAGUACGUGGAAGCCAAGGACUGUCUCAACGUGCUCAACAAGAGCAACGAAGGGAAGGACCUGCUGGUUCCUCUCACCAGCUCCAUGUACGUCCCUGGGAAGCUCUCGGACGUUGAGCGUGUCCUGAUCGACAUCGGAACCGGCUACUACGUGGAGAAGGGCACAGACGACGCCCGAGACUUUUUCAAGCGGAAAAUCGACUUCCUGACCAAGCAGAUGGAGAAGAUCCAGCCGGCGCUGCAGGAGAAACACGCCAUGAAGCAGGCCGUGGUGGAAACGAUGAGCCAGAAGAUCCAGCAGCUCACGGCCCCGGGAGCCUCUCAAGGUGCCACCACCAAGGCGUAGCCUUCAGCCUCACUCCUUGCCCUCCUCACCAUCAGGACAGUAGGGGAGGCUGGAGGGAGCCAUGGGAUGUGGCACAGCCCCCUCAGCUCAGCUCUCCUCAUUCCAGGUCUCUGGUGGCUCUUCCCACCCCAGCAGUGCCCCCCUCCCCAACUUUUUUUGUAGGCAGCCCCUGGCUGCUGUGGGGUGGAAUAAACAAGAGACUUCUUGAA